AUGACUUCACUGGUUCAACACCACACUGCUAUUCGUAUACACAAUAGCGAUAUCAACAACAUGAUGACUUUACCUGUUCGACUAAACGGACUUCAACUGCCAUUACAUCCGCGUCAACUACUGGCUAUUCUAUAUGUCUUGGUCAGUUUAAGUGUAUUCUUAACUCUUCAUAUGUCCGUGAUUGCUUCAAUGACUAUACGAACUACACUGUAUGUAUGGUCAGUAUCAUGUGCAGUAUUACUAUCUGUUUUGUCCAUGGCACUCAUGUGGUCAGAUCCAGUCGACCGGUCAUUAUAUACUGAAUCGUAUCAUCACAACGUGGUCUUGACCGAAACACCAUCAUCCGAGUCCAAAAUUCAAACACCUGCAGUUCCACAGCAUGGCAACAGAGUGCAACAAUACUACAGGCUCGGACUGGACUAUAAACCGGAUCCAUUUCAAUCUGCUAAACCUACAAAUGGCAUGCCAACACACGAUCCAUCAUUGCAGUUUUGCACAGUAUGUGCAUGUAAUGUAUUGUAUAUACAAACUAUGUUUGCUGCAUUCACACAUUCACUGACCAUGACAAUUGUUGCUGUAUAUGUGCUGAUCGUAUGCAGUAUCAAUGGUUCAAAUACCAACAACAGUGGGUUUGGAUUGGCUUCAAGCACCAUACAGUGGAUUACUGGUGUUGAUGCAGUAUUCUCAUUGAUAGUCACCGUGUAUUUGGCAUACUUGAUCAGUCUACAUAUGUAUCUAUACAUUCAUGGAUUGACGACUCUCGAAUACUCGCAUGGCCAAAAAACCGCUGUGCAGUCUGCCCGUAGCUCAACGUCAAAGAAUAGUCAAACCAAUGGUUUAUGUUGUCAGUCAAAAACAAACUUUUCAUGGGUAUAG